CAAGAAGGCAGGUGCGAACACUGCAACUCUCUACCCAAAUAAAUCAGUGCGAUCUUGUCCAAAGGAUCGUUGCGAGCAUUGGCAUGCGAUCCUCCUCGCGCUCCAGUCAUUCUUGAAUCUUCUCCCAAGCUGACAAAGAUCUCCGCGCCAUGAAGCUCUCUCUUUUUGUCACUGCUGUCCUGUGCUUUGCGAUCCAAGCCGCCGACGCCUCCACGCACCUGCGUGUGCAUAUCCUGACCGAGUUGGCCAGUACUGGCCAACAGUGCGAGUGGGAGAACAAGGCCGUCAAGUGCGAAGCUACUGCAUUCUGCCAGAAGUCUGAUAGACACACCGGAUUCUGCAUGAAGAAGAGCCCAGGACUCAACGACCAGUGCGGCGGCAAGGGCGUCAACGGCCCGUGGUCCGUCACCUGCAACUCCUCGGAUCUCAAGUGUGUGCUCCAAUCGAGUACUAAAAGCACGUGCCAGAAGAAGACGGAGUAAAUCAAGAUGCUCCCUCAAACGAAGGCUCUAGUAAGCCAUGUAUAAGGUUCGAUUGCCCGUGCCUAAGGCAGUCAUUGCUCGGACACCCAUCCCACAAUAGUCUCAAUUCCCGUGUCUACUUGGUGGUCUGUUGCCAAAACACGUAAAGCCGUAAUAUGAACACAUCCCGCUGUUGCCCAUUAUUAGUAAAUGCACAGUUUGGUUUUAAACUACUAGUACAAGUAGUAGUAUUUGCUGCUGCUGGCGGUACUUAGCCUACUGUUGGUAGAGUUCUACCUAGAACAGAGAUAAUUGGGUUGAUUCGAAGUCAAACAUUAGCAACGAACAAGAUCCAC